AUGUGCCCGACCUGUGACGAUUCCGACCUCGACAAGGCCAUCGCUUUAGCCCGGGCGCAGGCCGGUGAAAAACCGUUCACGGAGACACCUUAUGCGCUGCUGAGAACUUCUACUUCUCGCUCCGUUCUCCGAAAAAAACAAGGAGGAGUGCGACAGGCCCUUUUCGGAACGCUGUUCAAUCGACGAGGCGCAGAAGAGAGCUCUUGCCUGAUCACGUCCUCGUUAACUUGCAUCCACCCCCACAAAGUACGGGACUUGCUGGCACUCGAUGCGGAUUCAAGAUACUCGAACCUGAAGAAGUUUUGGGAGGAACAAGGAUCCGUCUUGCAAAAGUGGAAAAUGUG